GUUUGGUAUGAGUAGGUGCGGAACGGUUCGCGUUUCAACCACCAAAAGUUGGCGGGGUCCAGACUUAGCCGUGAUUGGCCGUACUUAUCUCUCAGUACUCCUCCAUUGGGGUACCAAGUGGUCUGAAAGGGUGCCAACAAGUUCGAGCUACACAUGCCGUCCGUUGAUUGGUCGACAGAAUCGUCACCUCCGUGCGACAGGGGGAUGAUAACAAAAAAUACAGUAGGCCUAUCCGCAAGGUAUUUCUGGACAAUGGCGAAAGCUUUGUUGAUUGAGGAAAUGAUGCGCAAAAGUUUGCCGUCCUUCCUCAACGUCCUACUUUGUUGCUCUUUUUACUGUGUCCUGUUCUUCUUUUCAUUGGAUUUAUUAGCAGGCUACACAGUGCCGGGCUGCGAUGAGGUGCAAAAAGAAGACCCAUGAGGGAUUCACUCAUAGCAUGUUUCCCAUGAGUGAAACAUGCUAUGAGUGAAUCCCGCGGCUAUCGCCAUCCUGCCUAAACCCCGCCCUACCAUAAGGGUACUGUCGGCGGUGGAAACGCGAGCCAUCACUGAGCUGCGUGAAGCUGCACCUACACUAAUGCCUGAUCGUACUGGGCCUAAGCGCACCCGCCGGUGGAAACGUGCCAUGAGUGAAUCCACAAUGGGUCUUCUUUUUGCACCUGCAACCCCACCUAUGGUCCAAAAUAUCUCCCGCAGUUUGAGAGUGUAAAUCUCAAGGUGGAUCAAAAAGGUUUGCUCCAGAUGAACUGUUGUGUUCUUUCUGAUCUCCUCUUUGACCUGAGACUAAAGCUGAUGAAAACACGUGUCAUGGGUUGUGCUGCAAAGAACAGACUGAAUGAUUACCCAGUUAAUUAGGUAUAGCUAGCUAAAAUAAAAUAAUAUCGAAUACAGCAGACCUGCAGUAUAUAUUCUUUAUGAAGGUUAAAACUUUCAGUUUUUCAGUUGAAACUUUUACAGAGAGCGAGGUAUUGAUUCUGCAUGGAAUCUGGUUUGCGGUGCACUUUGCAACACACUUAUUUUAUUUCACCACAAAACAACGGUAACUGUUACUGCAGCAAGUUAAUUAUAUAAAGUUCAACAGCAUUCGAACAUGCUUUAAUCAGCAACAUGUUAGAGCCAACUCCUGCAUUAGUGCUGAUGAGUAUUCGAUUUGUCCGGCCGGAGCACAAAAAGCCCAACUCCCCCCAAAUAAAAGACAAGCCGGUCCCAUAGUUUCCAUACAUUUUUCGAACUCAACGGCCGCCAUCUUAGCUACAUAGUGGAAGAGGCAGAGCCAGGCUGAGCCAAUGUCGGCGCAUUUUCCACAAAGCCUGCAUUAAUGGAGUCUUUUGGUAGCUUUGAUAGCCUUUUAUAGCUGCUAGGCGUAAAGGGUUCACCGUUCAAAGCGGGAUGUUUAUGCCGGGUUCCGAGCCGCGGCGGCAGUCAAGAUCAUAAUUUCCGGAUUAUGCACCACAGAGUAUUCGAUUUGGUUCAACAUUGACAUCUGAAAAUCUGCACACUUAGUGAGUGCGGAUAGUGUACUAUAGGUUUAAGUGCACUCAUGGAAGUCUGGAUAUCGGAACACAGCACAGGCCACGUUUGCUAGCACGAUAACAAGCUAAUAUUUGCCGGCUAGCAUGAUGGACUAAUGUUACAUGUUACCAAACAUGUUACCUUAAUUCGUCUGACUCCUAACAAGCUAACCGGUAUGUAAAAAAAGUUAACCAAGCACAUGGACUUACUCACAUGACGCCACAUACACAAAUAUUCACUCAUGAAGAGUCCUGUUUGGGUCCGUUGAGUUACUGAGAGCACACUGCUCUGAUGUCUACACGAGUGUGCACACAGGUGACUCCUACGGCCCAAAUGAACUAAGGUUACAGUCAAUAUAUUACUUUAGUUCAUUUUACUUGAUGCUAUGGGUAAAAUGUACACAGGAAAACUAUGAUUCAAAAAUACACACAAACACCAAGUAACACCAGUAAUAUUUAUAGGGCCAAAGAAUUAAUGACCACCUCCUCCUGCAAAAUGGCACAGGCCAGGCGAAGGGGUGACUAGAAGAUACAAAUAUUGUGGCGUAGCUUCAUGAAUGAAUGAUGGAUAGAAGGAGGCAGGAUCAAAACGAUAUAAUCACAGUCAAUGCAGUAAGAAAUACUGGGGAAUGCAUUUAUAAAUAUGUAAUAUAAAAGCAAUGCAAUAUUAACAAAGACGGAUAGCAUAUAAUCCAUGAACCUUUAUGCAUCCUAUUUGUUCUCUCUGAUUAUAUCUGCCAAAGAUCAUGCCAUUUGGAGAAAGAUGAGACCUAUAUCUAAAAUAUAUAAAACCUCAGCCUGUAGUGUAGGUAUUUUGUUCAGACAGCGUUCCAUGGAAGUUGUUUAGAUCACAACGAAAGCAAUAUUAAAAGCAGUCGUGUUUAUUGUCAGUUACUUUACACAACACUCCACUGUGGAGUGACGCUUGUUUUGGCAAGAGGACAUGCGACCCCAUCACACUGAUGAAAUAACUCAAUUUCCAAAGCGUUGAGCACAGACCAUAGAGAGAGAGACAGUAAGUCCAUGUCCAAUAUCUAAGGAUCUUCCAUGGGGCAAAUGGAAUGUCAAUCAAGCAGUGGAACAUGGAUGCGCUGUACCCCGGCGGGCAGAGACGUUUUCUGGUGAGACGCUUGCCGUUGUUCUGGCCUCGGUGUGCUACUUUACGUGUGUCCUUUUAACUUUCCCCGUCCCCUCACGCCACUGCGAUCCUGUCUAUUAUCAGUAAAUAUGCCCCCCCAGCACAACUCUAAACAAAGUUUCAAUCUCUCUAUUCUGUAGCAUUUUUUUUUUUGCAUUCUGUAACUUUUGAAUGUGUUUUUUUUUUCAUUUUCUCCAAACCUUUGAAAGCCAACCAUGCAGAUUGUUCUUAUUUUGUCUUCUACAUAUACAAAUAUGAAAUAAAAGGGCAAAUGCCAGCCUAUAACUUAUCCCGCCAACCCCUUCUUUGGACUGGAAAAGGCAAGGCCAAUUAUCAUAAUAAAUAAAAACAAAUAUUAACCAGCAUACCGUCCUGUUUCAAACCUUUUCCUUACUGCGCCUGUUUCAAUCUGUUAUACAUUAACCUCUAACUCUGCGUUUCAAGAAGACAAAUGGACGCUUUAACCGAGAUGAGAAGAAAUACCUUUGCGGCUUAUAGCGUCAUUAAAACAUGACAAGCAUUCAGCUGCUAAAGGUGCUUAUUCCAGGGAAUGAAAGAGUGUUUACUCUUUGAUUAAUUUGCUUCGAGGGAGACCUGCAGUUUCAAGACUCAUGAAUAAGCGGGUGACAAGUAGAUUUCUCCGUGGUGACAAGUUAUCUAAGCUACAGGGCAAAACGAUUAUGCUAAUAGCGGCGUGUAGUCAUCAAUCAUCUGAUGUCAAUGCGGUGUCACCGUGCGCUUGCGACGCGCCUCCGGUCACAGCGCGCGGUGCGCGUGGAUGUUGUUAAUAGCCUACCUGUCCCUCCGCUCUGCGGACGCGCAAUUGCUCUUGCGUAAACUAUUUGUAGGUAUAGGAAGUGAAAGGAAACGAGGAGCGGAAUUGAUGAAGCGAGUUUUCCUGAUAAAUAAAACUAGUGGGCUACAGUACACACACACACACACACACACACACACACACACACACACACACACACACACACACACACACACACACACACACCGGGGUCCACGUGACAGAGGCACGCAUGUUUAAACCAAGAGGGCACGAGGAGCUGUAUGAUUUGAUAUCAUUGUGCGGAUUCAUUGUCAACCUCUGAAGUGUGCGUGUGUGUGAUGCUGAUUCUACAAAAAUGGAAAAGAUCUUCAAGGAUUCGGGUGCUAUUUAUUUUGAGUUAAUGCCCGAUCGACGCAUGACCAAAGUGCAAAGCAUCGUUUGCGCAUAACCCUGCCUUGAUAAGUUGGAGGACGUUUAGUUGGAUGAAGUUGAUUCAGAGCCAUAUUUCGCUCACCUGUGAUCCGGAUCAUGGCUUAUUCACAUAUGGGAUACUCUUACUCUAGCACGCCGCAGUUUCUAAUGACAUCGGGCUCCCUGAGCGGCUGUGUGGAGCCCGGCGGACGGGCUCUCAUGGACAUGAGAACUUCUCCAUCCCAUCCGGCUCUCAGCUGCCCGCUGUACGAGGGCAGGGUUCUGCGGUCCCCCGCGGCGACCAGCAUCGGUCUCUGCAGCGGUGCCUACCCCAAGGGUCAAGCCUACUAUAAUACUUGUUCCAGCGAUGCAUCUGCCAUCUACUCUAGGAACCCACUCGAUUCCAAAGAAGGGGCCAUGCCUGCACAAACUGGGGCAUCUCAAGCCCCAGCCUACUAUCCUUAUGAGUACAGCUUCGGGCAGUACCCUGACGACAGAUACGGGUACUCAUGCACUGAUGGAGCGUCUCGCCGUAAGAACGCCACCCGGGAGACCACCAGCACGCUGAAGGCCUGGCUGCAGGAGCACCAGAAGAACCCCUACCCCACCAAGGGGGAGAAGAUCAUGCUGGCCAUCAUCACCAGGAUGACCCUCACGCAGGUGUCCACAUGGUUCGCCAACGCACGCAGGAGGCUGAAGAAGGAGAACAAGGUGACGUGGUCGCCGCGCGCCUGCAAGAGCUCCGAGGACCGGGGCGCUGACGAAGACAGCGACGCAGGGGAAGAGCAAAUUAAAAGUGAGCAGGAAGCCUGUGGUGAGUACAACAAGGGAUGCGUGGACACACCGCGGCUCCGGAUCAGAGGGCACACACGUCUAACUGUAACCGGCUUACCUCUCCCAGAUCAGAGUCUGGGCGAUCUGCAGAGCGACCCGGAGGAUUUUGACCGGCUGGAGUCCGACGGAUCAGAGAGCGAACCAAAGACAGACUAUGUCCCAGACGGAGGCGGAACAGGAACCCCCUUGGCCGAGCUCUCGCACAGCAGGCGGCCCGUCGCCAGCGACUCGGACACGACGCGCGGGAAACACAGGAUUCCCUCGGACUGCCCCGGCCUCACCGCGGCCCGGCCCCAGAGCAGCGCCCUCCCCGUCUCCUCCGAGGCCACGCUGAAGAUCUGGUCUAUUGCUCGCCAGGCCGCGUCUUUACAGCCGGAGUACUCCCCCUGCAUGCUGGCGUGCCCCUGCUCCCCGGGCUAUCCCGCCAGCAUGGGGCUGACUGCUCCCGGCAGGAGCCAUGACUCGCCAGUGGCCACACUCAGAGAUUGGGUGGACGGCGUUUUCCACGACGGUCUGUUCCAACAGCGAGCUCCUCACCAGGCGCCGGCCGAGUCGGAGGGGACGGCGGUGUGGGAGGGGCUUAGUUAUGGACAGACGGACAGCAGGGCGGCGGGCCACUCCUAUUGAGUUCCGGUGAAAACUCUUUUUUUUUUUCAGAGACUUACAGACUUCCAAUGUGUCACUCGAAUGGGCACUUUGUUGUUAUCUGUUUGAAGCGACAUUAAUGUUGAGGGAAUGAUGUGUUAGAUACACUUGGGUGGGCCCUAUCUCUCUUCAUACAUAGAAGAGACACUGCGUUAUUAAUUCCAAACUACUGCAGAGAUUGUUCUUACUUUUUGAAGAGUGUUGAUGAAGAAAAUAAAUAGCAUUUCACUUGA